ACAUCAAGUUACCUUAAAAGAGAAGCUAUGGAGGUAGAAUUGGGACUCAAGAUCACCAGAACCAGAGAUGAUAUCACCUCCUUGUCCGACCUCCGAGUCUCCAAAGAUCGUAAUGGCCCUCUUUUCGUGUCAAGAGAGAUCGACGCCAUGUUCGUCCUCAUUGCACAUCUCAAAGAUUACAGAGGAGACAAAAUUGAUAUCAAGAUAAGUGAAGAUGGGAGUAGGAUAGAAAUAGCUGGGGCGAAGCCGGUUGAGGAGACGGUGUUGAAGAGGUCGAUUUUGUGGGACAAGAACUUGGAAUUGAGGAUUUUCAAGAAGGUGUUCCGGGUACCGGAUGGUGUGGUUUUGGAUAAAAUUAAGGCCAAAUUCAGAGAAGAAGAUUCAACUUUGACAAUUAUAAUGCCUAAACUGGUGAAAGGAAUUGUUGGGAGUGCGAUUGAGGAAGUGAAGGAAGAAGAGGUUGAUAGAGGUACUCAAGAAACAAGUACCAACAUUGAUCCUGAACAAGAAACUACUUCUGUACAAGAGUCUAAAGAAGCUGAACGGGUUGUGGAGACCAAACCUGAGAUAGCGCAAACUACACCAGCAGAAGCGCCCGCGGAAGAAUCUGAUCGGGGGGAACCUUCAGCCACAGAAGAUGGUAUAAUUGAAGAGGAGAAACAGAUAGAUAGGAAUGAAGGAGAAAUUCAAGAGACGAAGAAGAAGAAGAAAAAGAAAAAGCCUAAACUGUGUCCUCCUCUUGUUUUUGGAGGAUCAGCCACUCUUAUCACUCUUAUAGUUCUUAUCAUUGGGUUAAUCAGGUCAAACAAAAGAUAGAUAGUUAGAAAACUUGCGUCUAUAGGCUAACGUACGGAUUUGUAUAUAAUUAGUUACAAAUGAUGCCACCGGCCUCCCUUGGCAUUGUGGUGGUGGUGAGUGCCUCUUAUCCAAAAUGUCGAGGGUUCAAGGCCUGGUAGGGGGCAUAAGCAGGGGCGGAACCACCCACAAUCAAGUGUGGGCCGCCAUCCCCCUUAAAAGAAUUUUUUAAAAGCUUAACUAAAUUGUCUCCCCUAACUAGGUGACUCGAGAAUCAGUAGGAGAGUUAUAUUUUUGAUAUGUCAAGUAACGUUAAUGCAUUUAUGGGGGUUUAUGAAAUUACUCGUAUUGCAUAGAAAAUGAUUGUGACAAGGUGUAUCGUUUGUGUAUAGACUAAUAACACU